AUGUCCGACUUAGCGAUGAAGGACUCCGUCUCGUCGCACGAAGGCGACGAUCACAAAGGGGCCGUCGCUGCCCCCGUCGAGAUCGAGCAGCACGGCGGCAUCGCGGGGCCUCUCACCAGUGUCGAAAAGACGAGCUCCCUCUUCACCGUCGCGUGUGCUGGGUUCGCGUUGAUCUCCGAUGGAUUGCAGAACAAGUAGGUCUGAAAACCUUCUUUUUGUCUGUUGGUUGAGUGCUCAUCCCUUCCGCGAUCUUUCUCCGCUCCGCCUCCCCUCGCAGCAUCAUGUCACGUGAGUCAGACCACCCCACACUUCGGCGCGUCGCUAGGAAUAGUAGCCGGUACCUUUCCGGUCCCGAGUCAGCACUGACGAACACCGCACCUGGCCUCAUUCCAUCGCAUAGUGACGAACGUCGUCUUUGGACAAAUCUACGGUCCUCGGUACACCGCGACCAUCAGUACUCGAUUGUCCAACGCUCUCACUGUCGGCACAAUCUUGUUCGUCACAAUUCGCAUUCAAGAUUCUUCGAAUUUUAUUUGCCUUCGGUAAACCGGAAGCUCACUCUCUACUUUGUUGCUUCUGCCCCCGUCAGUGGCCAAAUCAUCAUCGGUAUUCUUUGCGACCGAGCAGGUCGUAAAUACGGUAUAGUCGCGUCGACCGUCUCUAUCGUCGUCGGUGUCAUUCUCGCUGCGGCAGCGCACGGAGCACACGGGUCAUUGGACGGCUUCUUUUGGAUGUUCUGCAUUGCUCGCGGAUUGACCGGCUUCGGUGUUGGUGGAGAGGUGAGUAUCUUGAGGUCUUCAAAGACUUCGACUCGUUCUAGAAUUCUAACCCAUUUGACCUUCUCUUUCUACUCCAUAUAGUACCCCUCCUCCUCGGCCUCGGCCGCCGAAGCCGCCGACGAGCGCAGCGUCAAGUCUCGUGGCCCCCUCUUCAUCAUGGUCACCAACUUCAUGCUCUCCUUCGGUACCCCCUUCGCCUGCAUCUUGUACCUGAUCGUCUUUCAGGCCGCCGGCGGAUUGCAUGCCAACUUGUCGACGGUUUGGAGGACCGUGUUCGGCAUCUCGGUCAUCCCUCGUGAGUUCCUUGAACCGAAAAUCCGUUCUCCGCGAGGAGCGAAUUGGACUGACACAUAGAUCGUUCUCUUCAGCCCUUGCCGUCUUCAUAUUCCGUCUUCGCAUGAUCAACUCCCGCCUCUAUCGCAAAAGUGCGAUUCAGCACCGCGUCCCUUACCUUCUGAUGAUCAAGUUCUACUGGCGAACCAUCAUCGGUACCGCCGGCGCGUGGUUCCUCUACGACUUUGUCACCUUCCCUAACGGUGAGUGCUGCUGGAAUGUAGCUGGGGCGCAUGAUGACGUGAACGUGUUCUGACGCUUAAUUUCGGUCCGAUCAGGUGUCUUCUCCGGAACAAUCAUCGCUUCAAUCGUGCACGUCAAGGGCCACGAGCUCCUGCGCAAGACGGCCGAGUACCAACUUCUCCUCGGUAUCAUUGCCCUUCCCGGUGUCUUCAUUGGUGCCGUCAUCGUCAACCGUCUCGGCCGACGCAACUUGAUGAUGCUCGGAUUCUCAGGGUGAGCGUUUUUUUUUUUUUUUUUUUUUUUUUUUUUUUUUUUUUUUUUGGCGCAGAAAGGCACAGGAACAGGGCCCGCAUCUAAACGUAUCUUGACCACCUCCCGCAGUUAUCUCAUCGUCGGUCUCUCUGUCGGUUUGGCGUACAACAAGCUCAUCCACCGAGUGCCCGGCUUCAUUAUACUCUACGGCAUCAUGCAAUCAUUCGGAAAGUGAGUACUUCCAGUCGGCAUUCCAUCACUCAAGACCCAGCGCUGACCGCCAUUUUUUCCUUCCCUUCCUCCCCAGCUUGGGUCCCGGUAACACCCUCGGUCUCGUCUCCUCCGAAUCGUACGCCACGUCGGUCCGAGGGACGUUAUACGGUUUCUCCGCCGCGAUCGGCAAGACCGGCGCCGUGAUCGGGACGCAGACUUUCACCCCUAUCCGUAACCACCUCGGCCCGAAGUACACGUUCAUCAUCGCCGCUUGCGCCGGGUUGUUGGGUAUCUUGGUCGCAUUCUUCUUUGUCCGAAACGAGUGAGUAGGACCCCAAGAUGUCCCUCGGCUUCUGUAAGCGUUAAUGCUGAUAUUUCUGGUCUUCUAUCACUUCUGCAGCUUGGAAGGCGAUCUCUCCGACGAGGACGACAAGUUCGCUGCUUAUCUCCGCGCGAACGGAUGGGAAGGUGCAAUGGGUACCUCAGAGUCGAUCGAUGCGCUCGUCGACGAGGAGAAGCACGCCAAGCAGUAG